CAGGAACAAGCUGCUGCGGAGGACAGUCAGCGUUCCUGUUGAGGGGAGGCACCAUCCAGAGAUGGAGAACGCUCGCGCCCGGCGGAAGAGCAUAGCCAACGUGAAGCAGCCAAGCAUGGAGAUCCCUCCCACUGCCCCCCCCCAACCCUUCCGACAAUCCAGUUUCCUCAGUAGAAGGUUGAAGGGCUCUAUCAAGAGGGCUAAGAGUCAGCCCAAACUGGACCGCACCAGCAGCUUCCGACACAUGAUCCUCCCCCGCUUCCGCAGUGCCGACCAGGACAGAACGCGCCUGAUGCAGAGCUUCAAAGAGUCCCACUCCCAUGAGUCCUUGCUGUCUCCCAGCAGCGCAGCCGAGGCGCUGGACCUCACCCUGGACGAGGACGCCAUCAUCAAGCCCGUCCAUUCCAGCAUCCUGGGACAGGAGUACUGUUUCGAGGUGACUACGGCUUCGGGAACCAAGUGCUUUGCAUGUCGCUCGGGUGCAGAGAGAGACAAAUGGAUCGAGAAUCUUCAGAGAGCUGUCAAACCCAACAAGGACAACAGUCGGAGGGUGGACAACGUGCUGAAACUCUGGAUCAUCGAGGCGCGGGAGCUUCCCGCCAAGAAGCGCUACUACUGCGAACUUUGUCUGGACGACAUGCUUUACGCACGCACCACCAGCAAGCCCCGGACUGACACCGUGUUCUGGGGCGAGCACUUUGAGUUCAACAACUUGCCAGCCGUCCGCAACCUACGCCUUCAUCUCUACAAGGAGACUGACAAGAAGAGACGCAAGGAAAAGAGCACAUACCUGGGACUGGUCAGUAUCCCUAUCUCCAGCAUCACGGGCCGACAAUUUGUGGAGCAGUGGUACCCGGUCAUCCAGCCUAGCGUCCUGGCCAAGGGGCAAGCAGGGGGCAAGAUCAUCAAUGCCUCCCUACGCCUCAAGUCCCGUUACCAGACCAUGAGCAUCCUGCCCAUGGAGCUGUACAAGGAGUUUGCCGAGUAUGUUACCAAUAACUACCGGACUUUGUGUGCGGUGCUGGAGCCUCUACUGAGCGUGAAGAGUAAAGAAGAGGUGGCCUGUGCGCUGGUCCACAUACUACAGAGCACGGGGAAAGCCAAGGAUUUUCUUUCAGACAUGGCGAUGUGUGAGGUAGAUAGAUUCAUAGACCGAGAACACCUUAUCUUCAGAGAGAACACUCUGGCCACCAAAGCCAUAGAAGAGUAUCUCAAGCUGAUUGGACAUAAGUACCUCAAGGAUGCAAUAGGGGAGUUCAUAAGGGCGCUGUACGAAUCAGAGGAGAACUGCGAGGUGGACCCCAUGAGGACACCACCCUCUGUCCUUCCAGAUCACCAAGCCAAUCUCCGCAUGUGCUGCGAACUGGCACUCUGCAAAAUCGUCAACUCCCAUUGUGUGUUUCCUCGGGAGCUGAAGGAGGUGUUUGCCUCGUGGAGGGUGCGCUGUGCAGAGAGGGGGAGGGAGGACAUCGCAGACCGCCUAAUCAGCGGCUCCCUUUUCCUGCGCUUCCUGUGUCCUGCCGUCAUGUCCCCCUCCCUGUUCAACCUGACUCAGGAGUACCCAGAUGAGCAGACAUCACGCACGCUCACCCUCAUCUCCAAAGUGGUGCAGAACCUGGCCAACUUCUCUAAGUUUGGUAUGAAAGAGGAGUACAUGUGCUUCAUGAAUGAGUUCUUAGAGAUGGAGUGGGGCUCCAUGCAACAGUUCCUCUAUGAGAUCUCCAACCUGGACAGUGUGAGCAAUGCGGGGGGCUUCGAGGGCUACAUCGACCUGGGCAGGGAGCUGUCCAUACUGCACAGCCUCCUCUGGGAGGUCAUGGCCCAGCUCAGCAAGGAUGCCAUUAUCAAACUGGGUCCCUUGCCCCGCCUCUUGAAUGACAUCAGCAUGGCCCUGCGUAACCCCCACCUGCAGAGGCAGCCUAGCCACCAGAACCAGACAGAUAGAGUCCAUGAGAGACAGACGGAGAGGCUGCUCUCACGACCCAGCUUCAACAGGGGAGUCUCCUCGGAGUUCCAGAAUCUCAUGAUGAAGGAUCUCAACAGCUCCAUAGAUAUCACUCGCUUGCCUUCCCCUACAUCUGGUGUGUCCGGUGGGGGGGUCAUGCCGUCUCGUGCUCAUSCUCAGCUGAGUUUCCAAGAGCGRGAUCACCCACAUCGAGCCUCCAAAGACGUUUUCUAUGUAACCCGCCCUCCCUUGGCCCGAUCCAGCCCUGCCUACUGCACCAGUAGRUCUGAUAUCACCGAGCCAGACCACAAGGACUCCACAAUGAACAGCGUGUCUAACCUGCAGUCGGUGGCCAUGCUCAACUCCUCCCAGGCCUCCAUCACCGGCAUGGGCAGCUUCGGAGGGCUCAGCAGCCAGGGUGGAGGAGGCCUGGGCUCGGGCCUGAGUGGCCAGCUCCGGGCCGGGGGCCGCCUCUCGGCCGGCUCGGGGGGAUCCAGCAUGUCAGGGGGCCUCCGGCUGAGCCAGUUGAGCCAGAUGGGCACCACCACCGACUCGCUGUCCCAGCAGCAGCAGCAGCAGGCCGCCGCCCUGAGAUACCCGCUCUCCUUCCAGAACCCCCUGUUUCACCUGGCCACCGGCACUGCAGAUGGACCCCACCUUCACCACCAGCACAGCAGGGCCCAUCUCCCGCCGCCCCUGCUCCUGGCCCCGGAGCCUGACCCCGGUGGCUCGCACCAGGCCUACAUCCCCCAGUUCGCCCACGGGGGGUUCUCCCGCAGCGAGGACCUGUCCACCCUGAGGACCGCAGCAGGGCACCUGGGGCAGCCAGCCAUUAUCCACUCACACAGCUAUAGCGACGACUACAGCAGGGCUGAUUUCGCACGGCGGCAACUGUCCAUGCACGGGCAGGAUAAUCUUCAACAGCAACAGCAGAUGGGCAUGGCCUCUCAGACUGGUACCUCCCACUCCUCCUUGGCCACACCCCCCUCCACAGUCCAGCCUGUGCGCCAGAGCUCCAUCGCCCCGCCUCCCGUUCAACGCGUCAAAUCACAGACCUCCCAUCAGCUGUCCGUCAGUGCGGCUGCUGCUCCCACACCAUCCACUAAGACGCGACCGCCCAGUGCCAACCUAUCACCAGAGUCGGGCUACGGAGGUCGGCAACAGGCACCACGGCAACAGCUGUCGGUCAAAGACAACACAGCCCCUGGACUGCCCCACCAGCAGAGCUCUGUCAGGGAGAACCAGGGCCCCCAGGGGCCACAGGGAGGCACUACAACAACCAUACAGCAAUCACAGCAGCAGCAACAGCAACCACAGCAACAGCACCUGCUCAAACCUUCCAUUAGUAAACAGGGUUCCGGGCAGUCGCCCUCGACCCUUAACCCCCCGACCCCGGCCAAUGAGAGAACAGUCGCCUGGGUCUCCAACAUGCCUCACCUCUCCGCUGACAUUACUCUGGAGGCUAACCGCAUCGACCGUGAAGAGUUCAAGCUGAAGGAAUACUCCAAAAGCAUGGAUGAGUCUCGCUUAGAUAGGGUAAAGGAAUAUGAGGAGGAGAUCCACUCCCUGAAGGAGCGACUGAUCAUGUCCCACAGGAAGCUGGAGGAGUAUGAGAAGAGGCUCCUUUCCCAGGAGCAGCAGACCAGUAAGAUCCUCUCACAAUACCAGAGUCGCCUGGAGGACAGCGAGAGGAGGCUACGGCAACAACAAGUGGAGAAAGACUCCCAAAUUAAAGGAAUAAUCAACAGACUUAUGGCUGUGGAGGAUGAGAUAAGGGGAGGAGCCAUCAUUGAGCCGCCAAAAGCUAACGUUAGGGUCUUCGCCGAUCAGCCAAUCACGCAGCUUCGUGGAGGACAAUCUGGAACCUAAUUGGCUGAGGCAACAUGGGCAGCCCGCAUGGCCUGGCCAUAUAUCAAGAGCGCUCUCUCGUGAUGCGAUUGGCUGACAAAGGGAGAAGUUGGGCCAUUGGUUCAAUUCUCCUGACCUAAAGGAUAGUCCAGAGCCACAGCUGACCAUGUAAGGAUCUGCUGUGUUAUUUACCCUACUUUACUUGGGCCCUCUCUCUCUGAUUGGAUGGCUGGACAAUCUGUAUUUGACGCUUGUGAUUAGAUAUCUGAUUUUCUUUUCAAGACAUGCCAAUCUCGGGAAAUGGUUUUGUUGGCUCAUCAAGCAUGUGAAGAACAGCUAUGCAGAUUGACAUGAUAUAAACCUUUUGGGAUUGAGCAGUAAGUGAAAUGAAAGAGGGAGAGCUGCUGUGUUUAAGAUGCAUUUCAAAGGUGCUGUAAUUUUUCUUUCCUAACAUUUUUCUAAGAUCUCACAAUUUGUUUCUUUCAUUUUUCCUUCCUACCAUUUUCUACAGUCCACCCACUAUCUACCCAUUCCUCUUUCUAUCUAUUCUUAACCACCCACCUCAGUUUAUGUUCACUUUUAGACUAUUUAUGCUCCUGUUCAUAUCUGCCAUGGUUUUGGUUUUGUUCUUUCUUCUUUAUCUCUAUUAGUUUUACAUUUAAAGGAAACUAAUUAUGCACAGCCUAUUACAAGUGAAACUGCUACAAAACAAAAUAUUGCUUCAAUUAAAACUUUGAAAAAUGUAGACAAUGCUAUGAUUUAUAUUUAUAUAAUAAUGCAUUAUUCUUACCAUAGUACUACAAAAACUAUUAAUUGGAAAUCUUCCUGAGCAAAUGUUUAUUUCUUGAUAAUGACAAGACUCUAGUAUCUAAUGACAGUCCAGAAAUGAUCCAUUUUAUAUCAACUGAUUUUUCUUAAGACAAUCUUAUGGAACAUUACCCUUUUGUGGAGAAAGAUUGCCCUGGGACUGUGACGGAUAAAAACACAAACUGUUGUUUUACCUGCUCCCCUCACAAUGAUUUGCACGUUGCUGUGACCUGCACCCCUCCACUUCUCUCUUGUAAUCCCUGGAAGAGACAUGUGAGGAUGGAUGUUGAUUUUCUACUUGACAAUCGCUGGGGAGCUCUCCAUUUUACAGACGAUCUAAAACUCCUUAGAAGAGGACAUCCUUACCAUCACGUUUUUGUUUUCCUAUUUCUGUCUCUGAUGUAAGCUUAGUGGAGCAGAUGCGAGUUUAUCAUGUUUUUCCAGUGUGGUGAGACCGAAUUCUGGAGCCAAYUUUCUGUAUAACUUCCAUUUGAUUUCUUUGUAUGGACUCCACUGACACAGAAGCUAAAUAAAACCCUGUGCCCUCCUUCACCUCUGACCACUGAAAAAUGACACAUCAAAAGAGCGAGAGAUUAGAGGUUAAUACCUUUUAAGUGAUUGAAUGUGUGUGUACAUACAGUGUGUGUACAGUUGUUGUGUAUAUACUGGAUAUGUGUGUGUAUAUAUAGUAUGUCUAUGUGUAUAUACAGUUUGUUUGUAUAUGCAGGGUGUACAAUUCUUUCCUCAAUCCUCUAAUCUCUCUCUCUCUUAAAUGACGUAUUUGACCCCUCAAAGAAUAAAUGUUGGGGAGUGGAGAGGUUCACACUGGCAAUUUAAAGGACAGCUGUCUGGGAAGCACUUUCUGUGCAGACACUGACCAAUCUGACACCUCUGAACACCUACAAACCUAAUUAUGCCUCUCAAAACAAUCUCUGGCUUGCACUCAUUUUCUCAUCAACUGAGGCAUUUUUAAAAAUUAUAUUUGGGUGACCAAGCAAUGUUUGUACAUAUACAGUAUAUAGAAUAACUAAGAUAAUAUUUACAGUGACCUCCAUCUCCUUUUUUUUGAAUUCCUGUAACUAUUAUGAUUCUUCCUUGUUAUUUGAUUUAAGUUUUACAAUUUCUCUACAUUAAAUGUUUGCAAUGGUUGUCAUUCAGAUGUAUAUAAUUAUCCAGACAACCCUUAUCUAAUCUUUCCAAUUUAGUUCCCCGAACUCUGCCUCUCAUAGACCCCUCUGUCAGGCUGAACAUUUGGUUCAGAUCACACUGUUACUUGUGAAGCAACUCUUCCAUGCAAGUAACACCAUGUUAUUAGCCAUUUCUUCAAGUUCUAUUAAGUGUGCCUCCAACUCGCCAACCCUCCCUCACCCUUGAACUUUCAACCCUACUGGUCACUCAUAGUCAUACCCCUUGACAAGCCAUAGUCCCCCAACCCCUCUAUUUUUGUUUUAAAAAGGACAGACAUUCGGGGAUUUGUGUAUAUUAAUGGAAGAGUGAUAUUGAAGAGUGUAUUGCCAUUGUAAAUGGAUUUGUUAUGAAUGUGGAUAUUCUGAUUAUUUAACUAUUAUUGUAAUAAUGAUUAUGAUUAUUGCCACUUUGAUUUUGUUGAUUCAUUCCUUUGAUGCGGUCAAUAACAAUUCCUUCAUUUCAUUUUUGAAUAAGCCGGAAUUUAUAUUUUUCGGGUGGGUGAAUCUUGGAGAUAGGAAUACUUAAAUAAAUGAAUAAUAAACAAAUAAUUAACUUCUUAAAUUAAGAUGUGAUAUGUAUUUUUUGUAUCAUUCCUACAGAACAGUCACCACAGUGAAAAAUAUCUUGAAACUCUUACUAGGCCUGUUGGCCAUUUAAUGGUUUAUAAAGCCUAUUCUGGGGUCCAAAUCAUGAGAUAUACUGUAGGUUACAGAAACAUCAUUAGAUUAUCACUGGACACCAAAGACACAGUAUGCCAGUCAGAUCAUAGUAGUCGACGUUACCAUAACCAAUCAUGUUUGCAAAUAUUAUUUGCUGAGGCUGUUGGUGCAUUUCAUGUGAGAUAAAAGUGAAGACUAGUCUUUUUAGUAAGUAUUCACGCCCCUUGACUUUUUCCACAUUUUGUUGUGUUGCAGCCUGAAUAUAACAUGGAUUAAUUUGAGAUGUGUCACUGGCCAACAAACAAUACCCCAGAAUGUCAAAGUGGAAUUAUGUUUUUAGAAAUGUAUUCAACACCUUUGUUGUGAAAAGCCUAAAUUAUUUCAGGAUUAAAAAUGUGCUUAAAACGUCACAUAAUAAGUUGCAAUAAUAGUGUUUAACAUUCUUUUUUAAUGACUACCUCAUCUCUGUACCCCACACAUACAAAUGAUUGUACGGUCUCUCAAUCUCUGCAGUGAAUUUCAAACAGAGAUUCAAUCAGAAGGACCAGGGAGAUUCACCAUGAGGCCAAUAGUGUCUUUAAAACAGUUACAUAGUUUAACUGUGAUAUAAGAAAACUGA